UACCUGGCAACCAGAGCCACCACAGACACAGGCACGUGCGGCCGGGGCUCAGGAAGGCAGAGGAAGAGGAGGAAGGAGGCUGCUGGCUGCCCACAUUCCUAGCUGCAGCUUCCUCCCGAGCACAGGACAGCCGCUGUGUUUUCGGGCAGGGCGGCAGCCAUGGCUUCGGUCAGCCUCUCACAGCUGCUGGAUGACGCUAUCGGGACGCCCGAGGUCAAUGUCAAUUUAGAGGCGCUCCGCAAAUUGCUGAAGGUCAUUCUGGGACACCUGAGCCUGCUGGGCCUGCAGGACGUGAUCCCCCAGGAGGGGGCCCAGGAGGCCGCGCCCGUCCCGGGGCAGGGCCCCGGCGCACAGGAGGGCACAGGACGGCCGUCCCAGCAGCCGCCCUGGAGCGGCCCUCCUGGCACCUCCGCGGCUGCCGGCAUGGGACAGAUGGAGAAGACUGAAGCCGAAGAGCCCCACACGGAGAUGGCUAAGUCCAACAUGGAAGAGGAAAUCCAGAGGAUCAAGGAGGCACUUGACCAGACCACAGAUCUCUGCAAGGAUCUCCAUAAGGAGAUCAAUGAGAUGAAGGCCACACAGUCCCGCAUGGGAGAAAGCAUCCGGAUGAUCCAGGAGGCACUUGGCCAGGAUGCUGCCAGCCUCCUCCACGGCCAGCCUGCUCCUGCCAAGCCCCACACUUCGGACAUGGGCAAGCUGGGUACCCAGAGCACCACACCUGGGAUGCAGACAGGGAUCCCCAGUGCCCAAAGUGGCACCACUGGGACACAGCCUUGUUCCCAAGCAGGUCAUCCAGCUAUGGAGAGCAUCACUAGAGACCUGUCUGAGCUCCAGCACCAGAUGUCCUCCCUGCAGCACCUGGCCAAAGACCUGCAGGAUGAGAAGGAGAAGAUCAGACAACUGGAGGCUGCUUUUGGAAAUCUGGGUGUGACUGCAGCCGAGUGCAAAGUGGAUGGCACCAGCCAGAUCCCUGUACAGCUGGAGUCUGCACUGCAGGAGAUUAAGCAGGAGCAGAAGGAGCUGAGAGAGGAGCAGAAGAUUGCCAAGGCCACACUGAUGCAGCUGGUCACAGUUGACCAGCUUCAGGAGCGGCUGAAACAGCUGAGGGCCACGAUGGGGAGUGCAGGGAAGCAGCUGGGAGAGUCACAGGCAGUGUGUCCUGAACACAGCGCGGAGACCAAGCUUGUGAGGAAGCUCCUACACCGCUGUGAAAGGCUUCAGGAGCAGGUGGACUCCAUGGUGCCACAGCAGGUGCUGAGGUCACUGCCACAGAAUACCCAGGAUGAUGAACUGCUAAAGAGCAUUCAGGCCACCGUUGUGCGGGUGGAAGGGGACUGCGAGCAGCUCAGCUAUGUCACGGGGAGCCUCCGGGAUGACCAUCGCCAGCAUCAGAAAGAUAUUGAGGCUCUGUUCCGGUCCCUGGAGGGUCUCGAGAAGAAAGCAGACAAGGAGGACCUGAUGCUGCUGAAAGUGGACAAAGCUGCCCUGGGCAGCAAAGUCAGUUGCGCCCAUUUUGAUGCAAGCAUGGAGCAUCUGGAGGAGAGGAUGCGAGAGCUGCUGAGACGGGUGUUAGGCCAGGAGCAGCGCUGGCAGGAGGCCCAGCAGCGGUUCAGUGAUGCCCUGGACUCCAAGGUGUGCAUCUGUCCACAGCUGGAUCGCCUGGAGCUGGGACCUUUCCAGAAGCAGCUGGAGGAAAACUGGGCAAGGAUCAUCAAGGAUCUCAAGGACGAGUUGUCAGUAGAGAUUGACGACGCUGCUGGAAUUAAGCAGCAGCUGCUGGUCCCGUACAAGUGCCUGUCCUGCGACCGGCAGCUCAACGUGCAGGUGCCUGGCCUGCACAUUGACACACUGCCACUCUGCCCAUCGAUGCCCAGCAGCCAUGCUGUACGCUCUGCUACCAUCACCGCAGAGGAGCAAGCACAACACCAUGGUCACAGGAAGCUGGUCACUAGCAAGUUCCACAAGUCGCAGAGCUGCAGGGGUCAUGACAUAUCCAGUGCACCGGUCAAGGAUGUCCUACACCUCUCCAAAAAGCCUGGCCUGACUGAGCUGCUGGGCACAGAUGACCGCAUGGAUUUGGGCCAGGAGCACAGGCCUGAGGUGGCAAAGAAGGCCAAGGAUUAGCUGGGCCCCACCACCUUAGCAGAGCACCAGCCAGUCUCAGACCUCAACCACUGAUCUUGGGCACUGCAGCAUUUGCUGCAAAUCCAGUCCCCCUGGAUGGAGCCAGUAGCCAGGCAGCUGUCUGGGACUGGAUGCUCAAAGCCCAGGAAGAAAAGACUGGGACAGCUACCCAAAGGGAUUUCUUUUCAAGUUAAUAAAAAAAUUAACCCGC